AAGCUCAGAGCAACGAGGCAGAUAACCAGACGCUUUCUCUCGAAGAUGAGCCAGGGGCAGCCCAGGAGGCCGGCGUCGUCCGAGCAGGCGCAGGGCGAGGACGGCGCGAUCAGGUACGGCGACGUGUUCCCGGCCGUGAGAGGCGGCCUCGCCAAGAAGCCCGUGGCGCCGCAGGACGCGGCGACGAUGCAGUCAGCGGAGACCCUCAUGUUCGGGGAGACGGUGAAGGGCGGGCCGGCCGCCGCGAUGCAGUCCGCCUCCAUGCGGAACGAGCGCAUGGGCGCCGUCGCCCACGACCAGGCCACGGACGCCACCGCCGAGCAGGGGGUCUCCGUGUCCGAGACCCGAGUCCCCGGCGGACGCAUCGUCACCGAGUUCGUCGCUGGGGCUGGACAGGCUGUGGGUCAGUACCUAGCGCCGGAUGAUGAUGCUCCCGCCGUUGGAGGUGGCGGCGGCGCAGGUGUGGCGGAUGGCACGAAGAUAACGAUCGGCGAGGCGCUGGAGGCGGCGGGUUACGCGGCGGGAAGCAGGCCGGUGGAGCUCAGCGACGCGGCAGCGAUCCAGGCGGCGGAAGUGAGGGCCACCGGGCUGGACGCCAAUAUCCCCGGUGGGUUAGCCGCAGAGGCGCAGUCGGCCGCGGACUCCAACGCCCUGGCCGCAAGCGACGAGGACAAGACCACUCUCGGCGACGUCCUCUCGGAUGCGACGAGGCUGCUGGUUGCGGACAAGGAGGUGGAGGUGGACGAUGCGGCGAGGGUGGCGAUGGCCGAGACGCGGAACAAGGAGGACGGGACGGCGAGGCCUGGAGGGGUGGCCGCGUCCAUGGCUACAGCCGCGCGGAUCAACAGCCAUAGCGGGACGCGUAUAUAG